AUGGCUCGCUACUUUGAAUUUAAUGGUGGUGUUAAUGUUAAUCGAAUUGGAGGACGGACAUCAGUACCGGAUGAUAAUAUAGCUAAAUGUAUGUAUUAUCUUAACUGUGUUUGUACAGUUAUUGAAUAUGAUGACGAUGAUAUGGAACAAUAUACAGAUUAUGAAAAUUAUCGAUGGCUUACACCAUAUCAACGGCGGCGUGUAUUUCUUUUAUGCAAAGUUUUGAGUCCUGAUGAAUUUGAAGAUCGAGUUUUUUUUGAAAAUGAUGACAUGUGUGGAUAUGGAUCGGGUAAUGCGUUUUAUAAAAUAACUCAAGUUCGGCAUCAACUAAUGACUGUGAGUUCAGUACUUAUUGCUGGACAAAGACGAGAUGUUAAAAAAAUUAUGAUUUACAAGCAAUCAUGGAUGCAAAAAAAUUAUUAUGAACCUAUGCAAUAUCUUGAAUAUGAAUAUAAUUUACAACGUCGUCAACAGGUUGCUGAACAAAUUCUAUCAGAAGCUUGUAUUAUAUCAUAA